UCUCCAGUAGCUUUUAACAAAUUAUAAAUAAUGAGCUGCUUUACCAUUAGCUCUAUGGUUUGUAGUGUGUUGCAUAUAGUUUGUGUUGAUGCAAGUUCUUAAAAGUCUUUUUUGCAGUUUUGUUGGAAGUUAUUAUUUUUAUAGUCUUAUUAAAUUAUUGAUGAGGAACAUAGAUAUUUGAUGCCAAAGAGCCUCUUGCACAAACACUCUUAUGAUCACAAUGCACAUUUUUAUCUUUUCCUGAAAACAUCAAUAUCAGAAAAAAUACCAGAUGUGUCUGUGACCUUGCACUGACCAGAGGAAGGAAAUAUAACUUCCCUAAUAUGGAUGGAUGUGAAGUGACACAUUUGUUUCCGUUUAUCCCAGCCACUUCCUGCAAUUUGACCACUGAUCUGCAUUGCAUAUGUACCAAGAUGCUCCUAGAUACCAUCUUUUUAGAUAACAUGCAUUCACACAAUGCACAUUAUUUCACACACUACAGAGGAGUAUAUAUGAAGGGUUAGGGGACUAUGCUUGUUUUAGUGCAUUCAAUGCACUUAAAAUAUGUUACUUUACAUUACAGCUGACGUCUUUUCUCCACAAAACAUGGUAGUUGUGUUUUAGAUACUUAUCUUAUUUAUCCAGGCAGUCCUGGUUUGGAAUGGAAACAAUGACCAGACUAUUGAUUUGUUUUUACAAUGUAUUACUCAUCACAAGGAAAGUUACAUGGAUUUCAGGUCCAAACUGAAUUAGUAUUUAAAGGCAUUCCAUGUAUAUUACCAUGCACUGGUAUUUGUAACAUUGACACAAAUUAAACUAGACUUUAUCUUCAUUGUUGCUGAUUACACAACUCUCCGGCUGGAUUAACAACCAGAUGAAGCUGACAACUGCACCAGAGCCCCACACCCUAAUGGGCCCCAUAAGUCCCUGUGCACUACAUGUCACUCUGUGUUGGUAAUUUAAUUAAUUGCAAAUUUGUCAGAGAAUUUGUACCACUGCAAAACAUGAUCAACUGAAGGAGGUCUUGCAUUAUUAUCUAAUGACGUGGACCUUUCUAAUGAGGCGUCAGAAUCUCUUCAUAGCAUUAUCAUUAUUUUUACACUUAACCUUAAUAACACUUUUUCAUCCAGGGCUUUCACUUGUCACUUUUUGCAUCUUUCAAGUCUAUUACAAAUGACAGACAACAGCAGAUAGUUGAGUAUGCGAAAAUACAGUAGAUCUUUGGUGCAAAUGUUUUUGAAGUCAUGCAUUUUUGUUGUUAGCCCAAUACUUCCCCCUGCAGGUCAAACUGAGCACAACACCAGGUGUGCCAUUACAAUACAAAACCAUCUAACAAAUCACUUUAUCAAAUGUAACCAAUGAAAAUAUUUAUUUAUUAUUUUCUUAGGCAUUAUUUGUUCUUGUUAUUUAUUUUUUUGUUUACAUUUCAUGCUUUUUUAAUUAAAUGGAAUAGUUUUAUCUCUUUAUCUCUCACCUUACAGCCUAUUACCUUGUAUCUCCUUAUCACAUGUAGCUCUGACUGGUCAGCAUUGUAAAGAAUUACAUAGAGCAAUGAUUGGCCUUCUAGUGACAUGUGACCCGUAGCCGUUGACUUAUUACCUGGAAGAGUCAACUUCUCCAUACCUGGGUGUUCACCCUGAAGGUUAGGCUCAGUCCUCAUCCAAGUCUGAGGGCAUUCAUUUCAGAGAACACAUUUUCUCUAGAGUGUACUUAGUAAUAUUUUUAAAAACAUGAAAUUACUGGAACAGUUUGGAUGGAGAAAACUAUUUCUGGUGCUCACAGUGUUUCCCUGCUGCAGGAGUUUGGAAGUUUCUAUUCCACAACAGCAGUAUGAGGUCACAGCAGGAGGUGAUAUAACUUUGACCUGUUCCUUCGUCCCAGCACAAGCGAACUAUGAUAUGCUCAUCCUCAAAUGGGAGACUAUAAAGGACAAUACUGGGGACCCUGUGGCUACCUUUUAUUCCAACUUAAAUCGGGUUGACAUUCCACCUGAUUAUGAAAGCAGAGCCACAAUGGAGGUCAAUGUUGCUGAAAAAAUAAGCACGCUCCAUUUAACAAAGGUGACUAUACAGGACAGCAGGAAUUACGAAUGCAAUGUCCUGAUACCCGGUGAUGAUGAAGGAACAACAUCUGCCACCACUAACCUUUUGGUUUUGGUGCCUCCCUCUAAGCCCAUCUGCAGGAUUGAGGGAACAGUAGAGUAUUUUCAUGACAUCACCCUCACCUGCAUGUCUGAGGAGGGAUCCCCAAAGCCUGUUUAUGAGUGGAAGAGCUACAGUGUUGAAAAUGUCCCAAGACCAUUUCCUCCUAAGACAACUGAAAAAAAUGGAGCAUUAUCUCUCUUUAACAUUUCAAGAGAGAUGUCUGGGUUCUAUAUUUGCACUUCAACAAAUCGAGUUGGCUCAGCCGCCUGCAACAUGACUUUGGCUGUGCUGCCUGGAGGUUCAAUAAGCGGAGCCACUGUGGGUAUAAUUGCAGGAGUUGUUCUAGGUGUGCUCUUUCUGGGAAUUCUCAUCUUCUGUUGCUGCCGAAAAAAGAAUAAGAAGGACAAGUAUACUGAGAGUUCCCCUGGAGACAUGGAGUUUUAUGACAAAGAUGGUCCUGAGGCUGGAAAACAGUACUGGGAUGACAAGUCAGACACAGCAACAGAGACAAAGCAACGUGAUGUACAGUAUGAAGAUGAAGACAUUGAACCACAAAACAAGCCCAAUGUAGGAGCGGCAGUGCAUAAGCUUGAAGAUGACCAACAUAGUUACAAUAGUGGUAAAGAAAAACAUGAUGGCAGGUAUGCGGAUGAUGGUCACCAGGACAACCAACGCGAUCAUUAUCGUGGCAGUCGUGAUCACCUUGACGAUCAACGCAAUCGUUAUGGGGGCAGUCGCGAUCACCUUGACGAACAACGCAAUCGUUAUGGGGGCAGUCGCGAUCACCUUGAUGAUCAACGCAACCGUUAUGGGGGCAGUCGAGAUCACCUUGAUGAUCAACGCAAUCGUCAUGGGGGCAGUCGCGAUCACCUUGACGAUCAACGCAAUCGCUAUGGGGGCAGUCGUGAUCACCUUGACCACCAACAUGAUAGCUAUCGAGGCAGUCGCGAUCACCUUGAAGAUCAGCGUCAUCGUUAUGGAGGCAGUCGCGAUCGCCUCGAUGAUCAACGCGAUCGUUAUGGUGGCAGUCGCGAUCGCCUCGAUGAUCAACGAGAUCGUUACGGUGGCAGUCGCGAUAAGCUUGAUGAUCCACGUGACCGAUACAGGGGUAGUCGCGAUCGCCUUGAUUACACUGAAGAUGAGUACAGAAACCGAUAUGACUAACAUGUUACUGAAGUGUUUUUUUCAUGUUUGUUGGUCAACGAGGUAGUGAUCAGUCCAACAAGCAGACAAACUUAAUACCUACACAGGGUUCCUUAGGAUCUUAAAAAGUCUUAAAAGUCUUGAAUUUACAAAUCUGCAUUUAAUACCAUAAAAAACUCUUUACAA